CAAGAAAAUACAAAAGAACAAAAGUAGAGUAAAAUAACAUCACUUCCUUAUCUUUUCACUCCAUUGCUCUCCACACACUCCACUACACACAUUAUAAACACUUUGAGUUUGGGUUGUGAAAGUGAUCACUCAACCACCUCCUCAUUCAAACUCCACAGGGGCAAAGUGAGAGCUAGCUAGAAAAGACUACCUUUGGCCUCUGGCUACUGCUCUGCUGCUCUCAUCAACCCACAAACAUGGUCACUUCAGAUUCUCCAAUGCAACACAAUCAGCAGCAGGAGAAUCAGCCGGAGAAAUGGAAACAGGGCACCGGAGGAGCAGGGGAUCCCGAUGGCCGGCGAGCCAAAUGGUGGUACUCAACCUUCCACGCCGUCACCGCCAUGAUCGGUGCAGGCGUGCUCAGCCUCCCCUCCGCCAUGGCAUUCUUGGGCUGGGGACCAGGGACGAUGGUGCUAGUGCUGUCAUGGUGUCUGACGUUGAACACGAUGUGGCAAAUGAUCCAGCUCCACGAGUGCGUCCCGGGGACUCGAUUCGAUCGGUAUAUAGACCUCGGAAGGCACGCCUUCGGUGAGAAGCUCGGGCCGUGGAUCGUUCUGCCUCAGCAGCUGAUUGUUCAGGUUGGGUGUGACAUCGUGUACAUGGUGACCGGCGGCAAGUGUUUGAAGAAGUUCAUGGAGAUUGCUUGUGCCAGUUGUACUCCGAUCAAGCAGUCGUAUUGGAUCGUCAUGUUUGGAGGGAUUCACUUCUUCUUGUCUCAGCUGCCGAACUUCAACUCUGUCGCUGGUGUCUCUCUGGCUGCUGCAGUCAUGUCUCUCUGCUACUCAACCAUAGCGUGGGUGGGGUGCCUGAGCCACGGGAGGGCACCGGACGUGACGUACGACUACAAGCAGACCAGCCCAGCGGACUCGAUGUUCAGAGUGUUCAACGCUUUGGGCCAGAUCUCGUUCGCAUUUGCGGGCCACGCGGUGGCCCUGGAGAUCCAGGCCACCAUCCCUUCGACACCAGAAAGGCCCUCGAAAGUGCCCAUGUGGAAGGGCGUGAUGGGUGCCUACUUCGUGAACGCAAUAUGCUACUUCCCAGUGGCGAUGAUUGGCUAUUGGGCCUUUGGGCAAGAUGUGCAGGACAAUGUGUUGAUCGACCUUCAGAGGCCCGCCUGGCUCAUUGCCACCGCCAACCUUAUGGUUGUCGUUCACGUCAUCGGCAGCUACCAGGUAUACGCGAUGCCGGUAUUUGAUAUGCUAGAGAGGAUGCUUGUGAAAAAAUUGAACUUCACCCAAGGGUUGCCUCUUAGACUUGUAGCCCGAUCAACAUAUGUUGCGUUUACACUAUUUGUUGGAGUUACUUUCCCGUUCUUCGGCGACCUACUUGGCUUCUUCGGUGGAUUUGGAUUUGCUCCAACUUCAUUCUUUCUCCCAAGCAUAAUGUGGUUGAUCCUCAAGAAGCCUACAAGGUUCAGCCCCAAAUGGUUUGUCAAUUGGGCUUCGAUUGUAAUUGGAGUGUUCGUUAUGCUGGCGUCUACAAUUGGCGGGUUUCGCAACAUUAUCAAGGAUUCCUCCGGUUAUAAGUUCUACGCCUGAAAAAGAAACCAAGAGAAGGAAAAAGUUAAAAGGAUUAAGUAGAUUUAGUAUUUGAUGAAGUUGUUAAUUUGACUACAGAUGCUCUAAGUUGUCUUGAAAGUUUCCCCAGUGUAGCUGCUUCGACGUACUACUCUAUAUAUAGGGUUGGACGAUGUAUUACUGAUUCUUAAUUAUGCUAAAAGGUCGUUCGGAAACUUUGAUUUCCGAAAUGGUGUAAUUAAAAUUUGAUGUAUACUAAGAAUGCGCGGGUGUUAAUAAUGUUUUGUUAAGAAAUCAUAGAAGAAUGCAUGGAUUAUACUUGAAAACAAGUCUAAAAAUGUUGUAUUCUACAGAAUACAUGUAUACUCAUAAUACUAUGUUCAGAAUCGGAGGUUCUAAACGAGAUCUAAAUAAUUUACGAGCCACAACUCAGUACAUGUUAGAUUUAUAUUAAUAUGGCUGGCUUUAAGAGGUAAUGAAAUAAAUGUCAUAGU